AUGCCUAAACGACUCAAUGAAGUGAUUUUGGCGAAAGGGGAGAUGUCGGACAAACCGGAGAGCAGCAAGACUCGACUCGAAGAGGAUAUCAUCGAACCAUUGUUCCAAAAGGAUUUCUUGUCACAGUUGCCAGAGGAGAUUGCUUAUCGCAUCAUCGCCUAUUUGACACCGUGCGAUUUGACGGUUUGUGCUGGCGUUUUGCGGACGUGGCAGCGACUUUGUGAAGAUUAUCGGAUGUGGCGACCGAAAUGUUUGGAGAAAGGAUAUGUGAAAUUUGAUGCGCCAAGCUUUCGUUUUCUCGGAGGUUGGGCGGCCAAUCGAGCGAAUGAGCAGGCGGGAAUCACAAUCUUCUCACAUAUGGAUCUUCAAGAAGCAUAUCAGAAUCGACGAGAACGCGAGAUCGCAUAUGGACAAUGUUAUGAGCGAUCCUCAUGGAAGUCGUUGUACUUGCGGAAGAAGCGAAUCAUUGCAAAUUGGCGAUCCCGAGCGAUU